GAAGACAGUAAUCGGUGCACAUCCAAACGAGAGAACGCAGCGUUUCUUGAAUCUGGCUUCGAUUACGGCAGCAUUGACGGAGAGCCAGCGGAUUCUAACAGCGGCCAGUGGGACUUUUUGGCUACUAAGUACAAGUCUACCAACAGCGACGAGUUGUUGCCGGAGUAUGGCGCCUCCAAUACCGAGGGCUCACUGGCAUCAUUACAAUUGGAGAUGCAAAAAGAUGAAGCAGAGGCAGAAGAUGGGAAGUUAUCCGGUGCUCGCCUUGAAAGUGUCAUCGACGCCGCACUGACGGACAUUGCAAGUGCAUGGAAGCAGAAGUUCCUGCCCGUAAGAGAAGAAAAACGCGCAUGGAGCGUUUGGAGGCAGACACGCCGGAGUCGUGUGAUCCGCGACGGUUUGAUCGAGGGCGCGGAACGUAGGAUCCAACAUCUCGAGCACCGUGUUCACAAAUUCAAAGAAGAAAUGCAUAGAGACGAGUGGCAGACGGAGAAGGAAGUGACUAAGCAAUGCCAGGCCAUGGACCUUACUAUUCAGGAUAUCGAAGAAGAACGAUGGAAGAUUGACGUAUGGCAAAGGACAAGAGAGCCGCAUCACAUCAUUAAGCAUGGUGAACGCAACUUUCCUGGACCCAAAUCUACUAAUACUGGCAAACCACAAAAGUUGCCCUUGAUUCACCCCAACGAUAGGCUUAGCGUAGAGCCAGAUCCUGGAGCCGAUGAGGAUGACUUUCACUCUGCUCAAGGCGAACAGAGCCCGGUGCCGCUUGAGGGCCCAGGACAGGACGAGGAUGAGGAUGCAUCCGACGAAGCCUCCGAACAGGACGAAGAUGCGGACUUCCUCGAUGAUUCGGCGUCGCUUUUAGCAGAGUCACCCAAUCCACCAAUAGAAGCGGAUGUGUCAGAAACCGCCGAGCAGGAUUACGAAAUGCUGGACCCGCCUGUAGAGUCUGAGCAUUCAGAGUACGAGCCUGAAUUCUCAUCUCCUAGCAUCACAGCUCGACAAAGUAACGCUCGCCGUCAUGAAACACAGUUGACAGACACGGGCGGCGGCACAGAGUCUGAAGUUCUGCCUAGCCCAAAUUCCUUUGGCUUCCAAAAGCGAGUGAAGCAGGAGAACAGGACGCCGUCGAAGUCUCGAACGUUUAUGAGUUCGUCUGCGGACGCUAUCGUCAUAUCUUCGGACUCGACUCCUGGAAAAUCAAAGCGAAGCAAGAAGCACGACCUCAAAUAUCAUGGUGAGCCCGAGAGUGCUACCGCGCAAGAUGUGGCCACCUGGGACAUCGAUGUGCUGAAGUCGUUACUCGACAGAAAGCGGAUACUGAUCAAGCUCCUCGCCACGUUGAUACCGCAACAGCGAGAAGAUAUCAAACAAAGUAUGCUUGGUUUGAAAAGGAAUGGGUACUGGAAACAGGUAUGGAAUGUCCUCAAAGUCCUCCGAAGAGACUUCUCCGGAAGUGAUCAAGACAAGGUCGUGGUACUCUCGACAAAACUUUUCCUGGCCUUCCACUUUUGUGAACCGGACAUAUAUUUCAAUGGUAGCCGCCAAAGUAUCAACUGGGAAUCUGCUAUAAGCGACGAGGCCUCAAUAAGGUAUUUCUGCCAGAUGCUCGCCCUGUACUUGGACACACCUGGUUUGUGGCCCCCAGAAAGCAAGUCGCAGUCGUUGCCGGGUCGGUUUAGUUCCAGAGGACUCACUAAGGUUAUCGACCUUUCGAGUUCAUCGGACUUGGACGAUGGGCGGCUCGCAGGCACUCCCAGGAAGAAGAACCAGAAGAUAGUAAAGCUCAACGCCAAUGCAGAACAGUCCCAGGCUGCAGCUUUUCGCCGCCAGCAGAAAUUCAAGGAGAUGCAAAGCGAAGGCUCGAAUUCCAAGGAGCUCCGAGCUAUGAUACAGGCAGAUCCGAGCAAUUCGACCGUUGCCAUCAACCCGCUGGCAUCUCUGGAUGAUGGAGAAGACUACAUCUUUGUCGACAAGAAAAUUGCAAGUGCUCUCAAAGAGCACCAGAUCGAAGGUAUCCAGUUCAUGUGGCGUGAGCUCACAGCGCAAGGGAGUGACGGCGGGCAAGGCUGCAUUUUGGCGCACACCAUGGGCCUUGGAAAGACGCUGCAAACAAUUGCCACGCUUGUCGCCCUCAACGAGGCUACUCGAUCGGAGAAUCCUCGCGUCUACAAGCAAGUGCCAGAACACUUGCGCCCUCCUGAUAUUCGGGAAAGACAACUGCGCAUGCUGAUCAUCUUGCCCGCUGCUCUGAUCCAAAAUUGGCGCAGAGAGAUCAGAACAUGGGCACCCCACGUAUUUACCAACAUCUUUACAGUCGAAAGCGUACCUUCUCGCAGGCCGGAACAGACUAUCGACGAGCUCGAAGGUUGGUUCAAUAUCGGUGGUAUACUGUUUAUGACUUACGGCUUGUUCCAAAGGUAUGCCAAUUGGAGAGACCCAGAAGCUGAAGCAAAGCGAAAACCUGCAGCCAAGCUUGCACCGUUCGGCACGAAACUCGACAAAUACUUGAUCAAGGGACCCGAGAUAGUCGUCGCCGAUGAAGUCCACAGCCUGAAGAACCCCAAGGCAAAAGUGACUCGGGCUGCGCAAAGCAUUCAUACCGAGAGCAGGAUCGGUCUUACGGGUACUCCUAUGAGCAACGACGUUGACGAGAUCUACUCCUUGGUCUCAUUCGCCGCGCCGAACUACCUGGGCGAGAAAACGUGGUUCAAUCAGACCUACUCCAACCCGAUCAAGGAAGGCAAUCGCAAAGACAGUGAGCCUUCCGAUGUGCGGAGAAUGUUGAAGAAGCUUGCUGUGCUUCGCAAUCAAAUUGAGCCAAAGGUGCAUCGAGCUGACAUUAACGUUCUGCGUGGGUCGCUCAAACCGAAGCUGGAGUUCGUGAUUAUAAUGCCACUGUCUGAUAUCCAGCGGGUGACAUACAAGAAGUACCUCGCAGCCUUGAGCAAGGACGAGAGCAAUCUCAACAAGAUCGUGAGCCAGACAAGGAUAUUUGCAUGGCUCGCAGCACUCACUCUUCUGAUGAAUCAUCCACUUGCAUUCAAGCGCAAGCUUCUGAUGCAUCAGACGAAGAAGACAUUGCAGAGAGAGUCCACGCCCUCUGGUAUUGACCUUGAAGACCUUGAUAUGGAUGAAGCUAUCCAAUCACUGGCCUUUUCCAACAAGGUCAAGCAGGACAUUGUCGCCGGCAUAGACGACAACCUUCGAGCUGAAUCUUCUAUGAAGAUGUUAAUGCUCCUCCGCAUCAUCCGUCACGCUGGAAAGUGCCACGACAAGAUACUCGUAUUCUCUGGAAGCAUUCCUACACUCGACUACGUAGAAGAGCUUCUCCGCAAAUCUCAUAUUCAGUGUGGUCGUAUCGAUGGGAGUGUAGCCAUAUCGAAACGCCAGCCCAUCAUCAAUGCCUUCCACAAAAGUGAGAAUGGGGUCUUGCUCAUGUCCACUAAAGCUGGAGUCGGUCUGAACAUCCAAGGAGCGAACCGCGUCGUCAUCCUCGACUUUGGUUUCAAUCCGUCACAUGAAGAGCAAGCUGUAGGCCGUGCAUAUCGCUUAGGUCAGACUAAGCCAGUGUUUGUGUAUCGUCUGAUUAUUGGCGGUACUUUCGAGGACAACAUCUACGACAAACAGAUGUUCAAGACGUCACUCACACAGCGAGUUGUAGAUAAGAAGAACCCACGCCGGAUUGCGUUCGGAACCGCCGGCGAUUGGCUGUAUGAGCCUAAAGAGACACCACAGGAUGAUCUGCAGCAGUGGCUCGGGAAAGACGAGGCCGUGCUGCAUAAGAUACUCCGGAGGCAGCUCAAAGAUGGCGAGAGCUACGCUGGACCGCAGAUCCGCAAGCUCACAACCAUCGAGACUCUACAAGAGGACGCUGCUGAUGAGCCACUGAACGAGGAGGAGCAGAGAGAGGUCAAGGAAGAGCUUGCAAUGCGUCGGAACAUGCGGCAAUAUGAAAAGCAAGCUGCCAAAGCUGGACAAUCGGCAAGUCAAGCUGGACUGUCGGCAAGUCAAGCUGCACUGCCUCGAUCAACGCCAUAUGCCUUCACAUUCGCCGGAACACCUGCUCGGGACAGGCCUCCCAUCAGGCUGAAAAUGGUGACCAAGCCAGUGCAACCACAUGGUCUGCCAGUUGUGGGUAAGAACCGCAAUCCGCCAGCGACUAUGCCACCACCUCCAGCAGCGGUCCCAAAUAGCUCGCACCAGUCACAAUAUGGAAGCGCUGCUCGUCCCUCGUCCACAGGCGCGCAGCCAGGCACGCACGGUCUGCCUUCUUCAUUCUAA